AUGCAGAUGAAUGAUCUUAAUUGCUUAUUAGAUACUGCGCUGCUGGCUUCAUUGCCGGAUUCGUGUAAAAUAAGCAGCAACAACAAUAGCUACAAUAUCAACACCACCAGCAGCAGAAACAGCAACAGCAGCACCGACAAUAGCAACAACAACAAUAACAACAGCAUUGACGAUAACAACAAUAACAAUGGCAUUACAACAAUAACAACAACAACACCAACAACACAGCAACAUCAGCAUAACAGCAGGAAUAGCAACUGCGACUACAGCAGCAGCAACAACAGCAGUAGUUCUAGCAAUAACCAUAGCAACAAGAGCAGCAGUACCGACAACAGCAACAGCGACAACAACAACAGCAACGGCAGCAACAGCAACAAGAACAGCAACAACAAAAAUAACAACAACUGCAACAGCAACAAGAACAUUAACAGCGGCAGCAGCACCGACAGCAACAGCAACGACAAUAGAAGCAGUAGGAAUAAUAUCAGCAGCUAUAAUAACAGCAAAAGCAACAGCAGUAGUUACAAUAACAGGAGCUGCAACAGCAGCAACAACAACAACAGUAGCAGCAACAACAGCAACAACAACAGCAGUACCGACAACAGCAACUGCGACAACGACAAUAGCAACGGCAGCAGCAACAACAAGAACAACAACAACAAAAAGAACAAUAACUGCAGCAGCAACAAGAACAUUAACAGUAGCAGCAGCACCGACGGCAACAGCAAUGACAAUAAAAGCUGUGGGAAUAAUAUCAGCAUUGAUAAUAACAACAGCAACAGCAGUAGCUACAACAACUAG